GGUCCUUCAGCCUCGUUCCCGGGUAGUAUAAAGUUUGCUGUCUCCUUUGUUCGCCCUCGUUGCGCAGUAGUGCUAGCGGCUUUUCAGUUGUGCGCCGGUACACGGUAGCUGUCAUUUGUGCUGGGCUGUGUGGUCAGCCCCUGUCAGCGAGCUCUUGGGAGCUUGAGACCGUCGCCACCCUUCCGACUUAACCAGGGGAAAAAUGGUUGAAGCAGAUCGCCCAGGAAAGCUCUUUAUUGGUGGGCUUAAUACAGAAACAAAUGAGAAAGCCCUUGAAACAGUAUUUGGAAAAUAUGGACGGAUAGUGGAAGUACUCUUGAUGAAAGACCGAGAAACCAAUAAAUCAAGAGGAUUUGCUUUUGUUACUUUUGAAAGCCCAGCAGAUGCUAAGGAUGCAGCCCGGGACAUGAAUGGAAAGUCCUUAGAUGGAAAAGCCAUCAAAGUGGAACAGGCCACGAAACCAUCAUUUGAAAGCGGUAGACGAGGACCACCUCCACCUCCCAGAAGCAGAGGCCCUCCUAGAGGUCUUAGAGGAGGAAGAGGAGGAAGUGGAGGAACUAGGGGACCUCCCUCACACGGAGGGCACAUGGAUGAUGGUGGAUAUUCUAUGAAUUUUAACAUGAGUUCUUCCAGAGGACCCCUUCCAGUGAAAAGGGGACCACCACCACGAAGUGGGGGUCCUCCUCCUAAAAGAUCAGCUCCAUCAGGACCAGUUCGAAGCAGCAGUGGAAUGGGAGGAAGAGCCCCUGUAUCACGUGGAAGAGAUAGUUACGGAGGCCCUCCUCGAAGGGAACCCCUGCCUUCUCGCAGAGAUGUUUAUUUGUCUCCAAGAGAU